AUGAGCCUUCUCCGACGUGGCCCCCGCGUGUUUGCAGGCUUGCCAACGCCAUUGCCUCGUUUUGCCCGGUCUGUCACCUUGACUGCUUUGCAGGCGUCUUGGCGAUGCUACUUUACCCCGACAGUUUUUUGCCGAGCGGAGGUAGAAAACGGUGAAAGUGGAGGGGCAGCGGCGGAGCCGAAUGCGAACGCGGAAAAGUCAGGCAAGUUUGACGACAUUGGCCAGCGGCUUUACUCGCUUCAGGUGUUUCACCGAAGACUCACAACAAGUGUGCCACAUGACAACACCGUUCAUCAACGCACGGUGCGCGACGCGUGGAAUCUUCUCCAGUCCAUUCCAGAGGAAGAUGCAGAUCGACUCUCGACGCGCAAUCUGGCGGAGAUCGUCCACUGCUACAACUACUUCUCGUCUUACUGGGAGAACGGAAUGGGGGGACCGGCGAGGGUGUCCUCAAGCGGCGCUGAUCGGACGUCUGCUGCACCCAGUAGCGUAGAGGAGCAUGUGUCCUCUGAUGCAGCUUUUGACUACCCGCUUAUCGAGCGGAUGGACAUUGAUGAUCCAACGGCUGUGGGCGGUAACGGUACGACGCUGCCGUCGGCGCCGCCGCACGACUACGUGGCACCUCUAAAGCGGUCCAACCCAUUGGAUGAGAUCUUGGACUUUUAA